GGCAACGUAGAGUUGGGUUGUCCAUGUCGGCUACCGGUUCCUUGCGCAUGAAGCCUUCGACACCAAACGGGCCGUGCGGGCUAUUAUUAUAUCUCAUCACUCCCUGGCCGUGUUGUCUCUAUCAUCAUGCCGCGUCGAGACCUGGGAUUGCUGAUAUUUUCCCGUUCCGCCGUCCAUUUCGUCAACCCGGGAUGUGUCCGUGCCAUACCUUCGAGGCCAAAAGCAGACAAUACUAUGAUAUCCUUGGUCCGGCAGCUGUGUUGGACUCUUCGGGCGCCGACGCUGUCUAGGAGGUAUCGCGAUGCCGGGAUUGGGUUCGCAUUCAUCGCGUUAAACCAACUGUUCAUCCUCCCCACCCAGAUUAUACUUGAUAUCCACUCCGUCAGUUUCCCGGCUUCUAUCCUAGUGAUGCUUCUCUUUACCGUCAUCCUGCUCGUUGCAAAUUGUGUUUAUGGGGAAACGGCUCGGUUCUAUUCUGCCCAUAUACGUGGGCCAACAGACUUCCUUGGCCGCCACAUGUCGUUUGGCUUCGUGGCGUCAUUUAUAAUGCUAAACCGGGACCACGUAUCCAACGCCGUCGACAUCCCGAUAGUUGCCGGCGCAUUCGUGGUCACGACAAUUGCGGGUUACGCGGGAUCGUUCUUGCUUUCAUGGGGCACCUUUCAACUCGAGAGCCGAUUUAGAGGGCGGCAAAUUCGAAUUCAUGACCACGAAAGCGAGAACAAGGCCCAGCCCAGUCCAUCUAUAGCCUGGCCCGCCCCGCUCGACGGAUCCCGGAAAUUCUUGUGGAAGUUGCUUAGAAUCAGCGCGGUUAUGGCCCGGGGUAAAUCUCUCGCAUCGAUUGGGCCAGCAAAAAGGGGUUUUGUCUCACAGUUUAUGGUUCACCUCCUCAACACCCCGCCGUUAUGGAUCUGUGCGCUUCUCAUUCUCGCAAUCGGACUUCCGGUAUACUUUACAACUAAGUAUGAGACGCCAUUCGAAAGCCUAUUUUUUGUGUUGUUCUGGGUCAUGUCCGUGCAGUUCCAGAGAUCCCUGAGGAGUUCACACGGCCUAGCACCAUUCCCGCGGGUGAGAUCGACGCUGGUCAUAUUCGCAAACCCGGUGCUUGUAACGAGCGGCUUCGGAACGGCCUACCUCUGGAUCAAGACAAGCUGCACGGGGCAAACCAUCGAUGAUGUCGUUACACAGUUUCGUCGACACAACAGCUUAGCGGAGGGCGUUCUCGACAUCGUUAAGGGCCGUAAUAGUUUCGCUGACCACAUCGGCACCGGUGAUCUGGCCGGCACGGUCUUGGAUGCCGGUAUUGUCUGCAUGAGUUUCAAGAUGUUUGAAUAUAGAAGAGAACUGUGGCAAACCUGUAUCACGGUGUUCACCACGUGCGCAAUCAUGGCUGCGUUUAAUGUCUUCUUAAAUGUACUAAUCGCUCACGGGCUAGGUCUCCAAGAAGCCGAUGCUGUCGCUUUCGCCGCCCGUUCCGUCACGAUUGCGCUUGCAGCACCCGCCGUUCAAAACCUAGACGGCAGCACGACGCUCAUGACCGCGCUAGUCAUAUUCGGCGGCAUCAUCUUCCAAAUGGUGGCAGACUGGUUGUUCUCGCUCCUACGGAUCCAGGACCAGGGGGGCCAGCAUCUGCAGCUUGACAGCAGCAAGGACAGCGGUAAGAUGGAACCGGCGGGGGAAGAAAGGGAGCCGGCGCGGCAACGUCUUAGGACGGAAGGUAACCGCGUGAUCGCGGCGGGGGUGACGGUGGGCAUCAACGCGGCGGCGAUGGGCACGGCAUAUUUGAUCGAGCGGAACUCGAGGGCCACCGCAUACUCGGCAUUGUCGAUGACGGUGUUCGGGGCCAUAACGGUAGCUCUCACGACUCUGCCAGGCGUCUCGGAAGUCAUCGGCUCCCUGGCGUCAACAUGAGAACGAGCGUGGGUUUUAAGUCGAGAGGUAGGCUCUAUCGAGCACUACGACGAUAAGAAGAGCCGCAAAGCGCCCCAUGGCGCAUUCCGAAGAACUUGGGAGGUGGAUAACGGUACGCGUAAUACGAUAUCUACGAUCCGCGAACCUGUUUAUAUACUGUAGCACAAGGACCAGAGAGGGGC